AUGCAUGGGCGCUCGACAGAUGACCUGGAGUCUGCUGACUCUCAAGAGUCUCAACAUGAGACACAGUCCUUCGCACAGGUGGAGUCUUCGGGGCCGUCCUUUGUAGAUGCAGGCGAGUCCCACUGCGACUCCGUGCUCGCCGAGAGCCGCAGCGGUUCCGUCAUCGACAGGACAGAGGAGGAGUCCAUUCCUGGGCCGCAGGUGCCUUGCGCCCGGGGGACGUCUCAGGAGAAUCACGAAGGCCGCUCCGAUUCAGUGCCCUCGCCGUCACACUUGCCGCCGUCGCCGCGGCUUCCGCCCUCGAUUGAGAAGGAGAUAAACGAGCUUCUGGAAAAGCAGGGUGCCGCCGACAUCUCAUCGCAAGACAGCACGGAGCAGCCGCUGAGCAACGAGGUGCACACGUCGCAUCGCAUGCCUUUUGCCGCACCAAAGCGACCCGACAUGGUGUAUUUCCUCACACUGCAGGAGCAGCGCCUCGCACUGGCGGCUCUGGCAGCUUCUGAGAUGCGUGGUGCAAUUUUCCUACUGAUCCUUUGUGAUGCAUUUAUAGGUGGCCUGGCAGUUCCAGAAUGGGGGAAGCAGCCCAUCAAUCGCGCAGACUGGACGAGAGUCGAAACCUGGGCGCAACGCGCAUUGGCCUCAAUGUUGGUACCAGGAGAUGAUGCAGGUUGUUACACGGGCGACGCGGCUCAGCUUGCGCGUCGAAAGAACCAGACUUUCGGACGAGCACGGUGGGAUGGCAUCGAGUCUUCGCUGACCGGACGCACACGACAGAACUCCAUGGAUCAGGUUGGAGACGGGACUUUGCAUGGAAGGAGAAAGUCUCAGCGUCAUCCCACGGCAAAGGCUCGCUCUUGGAGCCCACUGAGAGGCACGGCCUCGACGUGGAUGGGCUCGGAGCCACCCGGCACCGCCGGGACCGCCUCGAGCGCUGCCAGUGCCUCUGAGGAGGCGGCCGUGUCACCACGUCAGGGUGUCAGCAAGAAAGGCUCAGCUCGGCCUCGCUCGGGAGUUCGGCCAGUUCUCAUCUUCCCCAUCAAGGCGCCGCCAAAAGCACGCGAAGUGGGUGAUAGCACACAGCACCAUGAAGCUGAGGCCUUCACACGGCGACAAAGAAGAGCGAACUCGCCCAAGCAAGGCCGUGCUGGCCGAAGAGUUCGAUGGCUGCCUCCGCUGCGCCAACUCUCAGCACCCCAGUCCAGCACCUUGGCCUGA